UUCCUCUCCUCUCCGCUCCAUUCACACGCAGGGAGCCGCCGGAGAGAGAGCAGACCCGCUCUGUGACCAGUGUGGAAAUGUCCACAAGUUUUGGAAUUUAAAACCAUGGCGAGGAUAUCUACCCCAAGGAUCACUUGAACCUGGCUCCCACAUCGUGGCUCUGUGGAUGUUCCUGGUGACUGCUCACAACGCUGAGAACAGGACAGCGGAUCAAUAGGAGUUUUGCUUCCUCUUCUCUGAUCCUUCUCUCUCUCCCUCCCUCUUAAUCUUUGACAGUAGAACCGAAACUAUCAAAAAAAAAAAAUCCUGACUCGGGAUUUGGAACCACAGCUUGCGCUCUCUUUCUCCUUCCCUACCCCCCUCCCAAGCCUUGCUUGUGCACAUACCAAAUAUGUGUCACCUAGCUCGGUCAGUGGCCUCCUCUGGCCAGGGGAACUUUCUCCUCAUAGGGCUUUUAGUCAUCAUGAGCUCAUCCUUGUCUGGAGGCCAGCCCCCGCCCUUCAAAAGAUUCAUCCCAGCUGAUUGUUCGCUCACACAUCUGGCUAUUCAUAACAAAACUGGAGAAGUCUAUGUGGGAGCUGUUAACCGGAUUUUCAAGCUUUCCAGAAACCUGACCAAUCUGCGCAGCCACAUGACUGGCCCAGUGGUGGACAAUGAGAAGUGCUACCCACCUCCCAGUGUCCAGUCUUGCAAUCAUGAGCUGGCCCAAACCCCGAAUGUGAACAAGCUUCUUCUUAUAGACUAUGCACAAAACCGACUUAUCGCCUGUGGCAGCACCUCACAGGGUAUCUGUCAGUUCCUGCGUCUGGAUGACCUCUUUAAGCUUGGUGAGCCCCACCACCGCAAGGAGCAUUACCUCUCGAGUGUGGCAGAGUCGGGUACCAUGUCAGGAGUCAUCAUAAGCUCCCCUCAAAGUCCUACCAGCAAGCUUUUUAUUGGAACUCCCAUCGACGGCAAGUCUGAGUACUUCCCCACCUUGUCCAGCCGAAAACUGAUGGAGAAUGAAGAAAAUGCUGACAUGUUCAGUUUCGUCUAUCAGGAUGAGUUUGUCUCUUCUCAGCUGAAGAUCCCCUCGGACACUUUAUCCAAGUUCCCUGCUUUUGACAUCUAUUAUGUUUACAGCUUCAGCAGUGAGCAGUUUGUCUAUUAUCUAACAAUGCAGUUGGAUACUCAACUGACUUCACCUGAUGCCAGCGGGGAGCAGUUCUUCACCUCCAAAAUUGUGCGUCUCUGCAUGGAUGAUCCAAAGUUUUACUCUUACGUUGAGUUCCCCAUUGGCUGCACUAAAGAUGGGGUGGAGUACCGCCUGGUGCAGGACGCCUUCUUGGCUCGACCGGGCCGGCAGCUGGCCAACUCUCUUGGGAUUUCCGAAAAUGAAGACAUCCUUUUCACAGUAUUCUCUCAGGGUCAGAAGAAUCGCGCCAAACCACCCAAAGAGUCAGCAUUGUGCCUGUUCACCCUUAGGAAGAUAAAAAAAAAGAUCAAAGAGAGGAUCCAGUCCUGCUACAGGGGAGAUGGAAAACUCUCCCUACCCUGGCUGCUUAACAAGGAGCUCGCCUGUAUCAACUCGCCACUUCAGAUCGACGAUAACUUCUGUGGUCAGGACUUCAACCAGCCUCUGGGGGGAACCAGCACCAUCGAGGGGAUUCCUCUCUUCAUCGAUAAGGAUGAUGGCAUGACUUCAGUGGCAGCGUAUGACUACCGUGGCAACACUGUGGCGUUUGUUGGCUCACGCAAUGGGAAACUGAAGAAGAUCUUGGUUAACUCCAUAAACGCCAGCCGUCCAGCAGUGCUAUACGAGAAGGUGACCGUAAGUGAAGGAGGAAGUCCCUUACUGAGAGACAUGCUGUUCAGCCCAGACCAGCAGUACAUCUACACUUUGACUGACAGACAGGUGGUGAGAGUUCCAGUAGAGAGCUGUGAGCAGUACACCACUUGCGGGGAGUGUUUGGGCUCCAGAGACCCUCACUGUGGAUGGUGUGUUCUUCACAAUGUAUGUUCACGUAAGGACCACUGUGAGCGGGCAGGAGAGCCUCAGAGGUUUGCCUCUGACCAGAGACAGUGUGUGGAGCUAACUGUUCAGCCGAGAAAUAUUUCUGUCACGAUGUCUGAAGUCCAGCUGGUCCUCCAAGCUCGCAAUGUGCCCGAUCUGUCAGCGGGGGUCAACUGCUCCUUUGAGGACUAUGUGGAGACAGAGGGACAGAUCCAGGGUGGACACAUCUUCUGCCUGUCUCCUUCUGCCCGGGACAUCGCCCCAAUCACUCGAAACAAAGGUGACAAGCGGGUGGUGAAACUUUACCUGAAGUCCAAGGAGACGGGCAAGAAGUUUGCCAGUGUCGACUUUGUCUUCUACAACUGCAGCGUCCAUCAGUCCUGUCUUUCUUGUGUAAAUGGCUCCUUCCCAUGCCACUGGUGCAAGUACCGCCACAUGUGCACCCAGAAUGCCAACGACUGCUCUUUUCAGGAGGGCCGUGUCAACAACUCUGAGGAUUGCCCUCAGAUUCUGCCGUCAACCCAGAUAUACAUCCCUGUCGGGGUAACAAAGCCAAUCACCUUAGCUGCAAAGAACCUGCCACAGCCCCAGUCUGGACAGAGAAACUAUGAGUGCGUCUUCCACAUCCAGGGGGAGAUCCACAAUGUGCCUGCACUGCGAUUCAACAGCACCUCCAUCCAGUGCCAGAAAACUGCGUAUAAUUAUGAGGGCAAUGACAUCAGCGACCUGCCUGUCGACCUGUCUGUAGUUUGGAAUGGAAACUUUGUCAUUGACAACCCCUAUAACAUUAAAGCUCACCUGUAUAAGUGCUACGCACUGAGGGAUAGCUGUGGGAUGUGUUUGAAGGCAAACCCCAGGUUUGAGUGCGGCUGGUGCGUUGGGGAAAAGAAGUGCUCCCUGAGACAGGAGUGUACUCCCCCAGAGAGCACUUGGAUGCAUGCCACAACAGGAAACAGCCGCUGUGCUCACCCCAAGAUCACCAAGCUGUAUCCUGAGACUGGGCCCAGACAGGGAGGAACCAUGCUGACCAUCACUGGUGAGAACCUGGGUCUACAGUUCAAAGACAUCCAGAAUGGAGUCCGUAUCGGCAAAGUGGCGUGCAACCCUCAGGAGGACGAAUACAUUAGCGCUGAGCAGAUUGUGUGUCGGCUAAAUGAUGCAACAGGUUACAGAGUGCAGGAGGCUCAGGUGGAAGUGUGUGUCAGAGACUGUAGUCACCCCGACUACAAAACAGUCUCAAGCAAGGCCUUCACUUUUGUGUCCCCAUAUUUUUCACGAGUCCAUCCUUCCACCGGGCCGCUAUCUGGAGGAACAAGGAUCACUAUUGAUGGCAGUCAUCUCAACGCGGGCAGCGCUGUGUCUGUGAAGAUUGGACUUCACCCCUGCCGUUUCGAGAGGCGGAGCGCCAAGGAGAUAGUAUGUGUAACCCCAGCAGGCCAGGCCACGGGCCAGACACCUGUCAUGGUGGACAUAAAUGCUGCUGAGCUGAGAAACCCAGAGGUCAAGUUCAGCUACACAGAAGAUCCUACUAUCCUGAAGAUCGAGCCUGACUGGAGUAUCGCCAGUGGAGGAACCAAGUUGACCAUUACUGGAACUAAUCUGGCCACCAUCAAGGAGCCGAAAAUGAGAGCCAAGUACGGAGCUGCCAAGUCGGAAAAUAAUUGUACGGUCCUCAACAACACCGUAAUGGUGUGUCUGGCGCCCUCUGUGGCUGGAUCUGACAAGGGCUUCUCGGAUGUGGGCAGCAGUCCUGAUGAGAUUGGCUUUGUCAUGGAUGACGUGCGCUCUUUGCUGGUGGUAAACGAGACUUUUAGCUACCACCCGGACCCUGUGUUUGAACCUCUGAGCCCCACCGGCAUGCUGGAGCUGAAGCCCAGCUCACCACUCAUACUCAAGGGUCGUAACCUAAUUCCUGCAGCCCCAGGAAAUGCUAAGCUGAACUACACAGUGCUGAUCGGGGAGACGCCCUGCAUUCUCACCCUGUCUGAGAGCCAGCUGCUCUGCGAAUGGCCUAAUCUGACCGGAGAACACAAAGUCACUGUGCGUGUUGGAGGCUUUGAAUACUCACCAGGGACACUGCAGAUCUACUCAGACAGCCUUCUCACCCUGCCUGCCAUCAUUGGUAUUGGAGGAGGAGGUGGACUGCUCCUGCUGGUUAUCAUUGUGGUUUUGAUUGCUUAUAAGAGGAAGUCGCGGGAUGCCGACCGCACUCUAAAGCGAUUACAGCUGCAGAUGGACAACCUGGAGUCUAGGGUGGCCCUUGAGUGCAAGGAAGCCUUUGCAGAAUUGCAGACGGACAUCCAUGAGCUCACUCAGGAGCUGGAUGGAGCAGGAAUCCCCUUCCUGGACUACCGCACCUAUGCCAUGAGGGUCCUCUUUCCUGGGAUUGAGGACCACCCUGUUCUCAAGGAGAUGGAGGUACGGGUACCCGCCAAUGUGGAGAAGGCCCUGACGUUGUUUGGCCAGCUACUCACCAAAAAGCACUUUCUGUUGACCUUCAUUCGCACAUUGGAAGCACAGAGGUCCUUCUCUAUGCGAGACAGGGGCAACGUGGCCUCCCUCAUCAUGACAGCACUGCAAGGAGAGAUGGAGUAUGCCACCGGUGUCCUCAAACAGCUCCUGUCUGACCUCAUUGACAAAAACCUGGAAAGCAAGAACCACCCAAAGCUCUUACUCAGGAGGACGGAGUCGGUUGCUGAGAAGAUGCUCACCAACUGGUUCACCUUCCUGCUUUACAAGUUCCUCAAGGAAUGUGCCGGGGAACCUCUCUUCAUGCUGUACUGUGCCAUGAAGCAACAAAUGGAAAAGGGGCCAAUAGAUGCAAUCACAGGAGAAGCCCGCUACUCUUUGAGCGAGGAUAAACUCAUCAGACAGCAAAUUGACUACAAGACUUUGACGCUGCACUGUGUGAACCCGGAGAAUGAAAAUGCUCCAGAGGUGACAGUGAAGAGCCUGAACUGUGACACAGUGACACAGGUGAAGGAAAAGCUGCUGGAUGCUGUGUACAAAGGGACGCCUUAUUCCCAGAGACCGAAGGCCUCAGAUAUGGACCUUGAAUGGCGGCAGGGCAGGAUGGCUCGUAUCAUCCUUCAGGAUGAAGAUGUCACCACUAAGAUCGACAAUGACUGGAAGAGACUCAACACCCUAGCUCACUACCAGGUGACAGAUGGCUCAGUGAUUGCCCUGGUACCCAAACAGAACUCGGCCUACAACAUCUCCAACUCCUCCACAUUCACCAAAUCCCUCAGCAGAUACGGUACGAAAGAAGAGAGCAUGCUCAGGACAGCCAGUAGUCCAGACAGCUUGCGCUCCCGAACACCCAUGAUCACCCCUGACCUCGAGAGCGGCACCAAGCUAUGGCAUCUGGUGAAGAACCACGACCACUCAGACCAGAGGGAGGGAGACAGAGGGAGCAAGAUGGUGUCUGAGAUCUACCUGACCAGACUGUUGGCCACAAAGGGUACGCUCCAGAAAUUUGUGGAUGACCUGUUUGAGACCAUCUUCAGCACAGCGCACCGAGGCAGCGCUCUGCCUCUCGCCAUCAAGUACAUGUUUGACUUCCUGGACGAGCAGGCAGACAAACACUCCAUAUCAGACCCUGAUGUACGGCACACUUGGAAGAGCAACUGUCUUCCACUGAGGUUCUGGGUGAACGUGAUCAAGAACCCACAGUUUGUAUUUGACAUCCACAAGAACAGUAUUACAGAUGCCUGCUUGUCUGUGGUGGCUCAGACCUUCAUGGAUUCAUGUUCAACCUCAGAGCAUAAACUAGGGAAGGACUCACCAUCAAACAAGCUGCUUUAUGCUAAAGACAUCCCCAACUAUAAAAACUGGGUAGAAAGGUACUACUCUGACAUUUCCAGGAUGCCGGCUAUCAGCGAUCAGGACAUGAGUGCCUACCUCGCAGAGCAGUCACGCCUGCAUGCUAACCAGUUCAACAGCAUGUCAGCCCUACAUGAGAUUUACUCCUACAUCAUCAAGUACAAGGACGAGAUCUUGUCAGCUUUGGAGCGAGACGAGCAGGCAAGGAGACAGAGACUGAGGAGCAAGCUGGAGCAGGUCAUCGACACAAUGGCGCUGACCAGCUGAGGACCAUCGAGCACCUCCUGCUCCUCCUCACUCCUCCUCUCCAUCUGUCUCUCUCCCACGUUCCUCUCACCCAGACAACAAACAAAACUCCAACCCCCAAACAAUACGACAGACGAAACUGCAAAAGGACCGAGGCAGUAUACUGCAAAAUGGGGGGAUUCGGCAGAGAUGGGCGGGGCCUGUGUACGCUUACAUGUGUAUGUGUGUGUGUUUGUCUGCAGCUCCAUACAGUGUGUCUGUGUGAGAGGCUAGGACACGGGACGUUUUUUCACACAUACAUACAUGGAGAACAUGUCAACUCGACAGCAUUUGAUUAUUGUGGAUGUCGGUGUUUGUGGUUUGCUUGAUUUUGAUUUCAGGAGUUUUGUUGUGAUGACGCGAUGGUCAGGAAAGAAACAACGGAAGCCUGGAAAGAACUCCAUAUACGGCAUCAUUAGCGGAACGGACCAAUCUGUGAUGAGCCAAUGGAGAGAGGAUCUCUCUAGGUCAUGUGACUCCAGAUGUCACAGUUAGAAUUUUUUUUCUUUUUUGUAUAAAUGUAAUCAACUGCCCACUCUCUGAUCUCUCGCCACUUGUAUUACUGCUGAAUUUGCACAAUUUACAGAAACGUUACAAAGCAAGACUAUAUAGAUAUUAUAUAUAAAUACAGCUACGUUUUUAAAGAAAGAUUAGGGAGUAAACUUUUUUCUUUUUUUUUUCUU